GGGUCAGGCGGGGUCGCCGGCGGCCGCUGGCGGGAGAUUCCAACAUGGCGCUGCAACCGAAGGAGGUGCUGGCCAUGGACAGCCAGGCCGAGUGCAGUUUCAUCCGCUUCUUCCAGGCCAUGCCGCCGAAGCCGCUCACCACCGUACGCAUCUUCGACCGGGGCGAUUACUACACCGCGCACGGCGAUGACGCGCUGUUGGCCGCCCGGGAGGUGUUCAAGACCCAGGCGGUCAUCAAGUAUAUCGGGGUAACCGGUACAAAAAAAUUGGAAAGUGUUGUGCUUAGUAAAAUGAAUUUUGAAUCUUUUGCGAAAGACCUCCUCUUGGUUCGUCAGUAUAGAGUUGAAGUUUAUAAGAAUAAAGCUGGGAAUAAGGCCACCAAGGAGAAUGAUUGGCAUGUGGCAUUCAAGGCUUCACCAGGCAAUCUUUCCCAAUUUGAAGAAGUUCUCUUUGGCAGUAGUGAUAUGUCAUGUUCCAUUGGUGGUGUAGGUGUUAAGUUGUCUGUUGUUGAUGGCCAAAGAUUAGUUGGGGUUGGGUAUGUUGACUCCAUACAGAGGAAGCUAGGACUGUGUGAGUUUCCAGAUAAUGACCAGUUCUCCAAUCUCCAAGCUCUGCUGAUUCAGAUUGGCCCAAAGGAAUGUGUGCUACCAGGAGGUGAAACUGCUGGGGACAUGGGAAAACUGAGACAGGUUAUUGAGAGAGGAGGAAUUCUGAUCACAGAGAGAAAGAAAGCUGACUUUGCAGCAAAAGAUAUUGUUCAGGACCUCAACCGUUUGUUGAAAAGCAGAAAGGGAGACCAAGUGAAUAGUGCUGUAUUGCCCGAGAUGGAGAACCAGGUCGCAAUUUCAUCAUUAUCAGCUGUGAUUAAGUAUUUAGAACUUUUAUCAGAUGAUACAAACUUUGGACAAUUUGAACUGACUACCUUUGACCUCAACCAGUAUAUGAAGCUGGAUAAUGCAGCUGUCGGAGCUCUUAACCUUUUUCAGGGCUCUGCUGAAGACAAAAGUGGUACUCAGUCUCUUGCUGCACUGCUGAAUAAGUGCAAAACCCCUCAAGGCCAAAGACUGCUUAAUCAAUGGAUUAAGCAGCCACUACUGGAUAAGAACUGGAUAGAGGAAAGAUUAAAUUUAGUGGAGGUCUUUGUAGUAGAUGCAGAGCUGAGACAGAGUUUACAAGAAGACCUACUUCGUCGUUUCCCAGAUCUUAACCGAUUUGCCAAAAAGUUUCAGAGGCAUGCAGCCAGUUUACAAGAUUGUUAUAGAAUCUAUCAAGCCAUAAACCAUCUUCCUAAUGUUAUACAAGCACUGGAAAAACACGAAGGAACACACCAAUCACUGUUAUUGGCAGUCUUCAUAACUCCUUUGACUGAUCUACAUUCUGAUUUCUCCAAGUUUCAGGAAAUGAUAGAAACAACCUUAGAUAUGAAUCAGGUGGAAAACCAUGAAUUUCUUGUGAAGGCAUCCUUUGAUCCUCACCUGAUGGAGUUAAGAGAGUCAAUUACUAAUCUAGAAAAGAAGAUGCAGGCAUCUUUAACAAAUGCAGCAAGAGAGCUAGGCUUAGAAGCUGGUAAACACAUUAAACUGGACUCCAAUGCACAGUUGGGAUAUUACUUUCGCGUAACCUGCAAGGAAGAAAAAGUCCUUCGUAGCAAUAAAAACUUUAACACAUUAGAUGUCCAGAAGAAUGGUGUUAAGUUUACCAACAGCAAAUUGGCUGCCUACAAUGAUGAGUACCUCAAAAUUAGAGAAGAGUAUGAGGAAGCCCAGGAUGCCAUUGUUAAAGAAAUUGUCAACAUUUCUUCUGGCUAUGUAGAACCAAUGCAGACACUGAAUGAUGUAUUAGCUCAACUAGAUGCAGUUGUCAGUUUUGCUCAUGUAUCAAAUGGUGCACCUGUUCCAUAUGUACGUCCCGUCAUUUUGGAAAAGGGACAAGGAAAAAUCAUUUUGAAAGGUUCCAGACAUGCUUGUGUUGAAGUUCAAGAUGAAGUUGCGUUUAUUCCCAAUGACAUUUACUUUGAGAAAAAUAAGCAGAUGUUCCACAUUAUUACUGGCCCUAAUAUGGGAGGUAAAUCAACAUACAUUCGUCAAACUGGAGUAAUAGUUCUGAUGGCUCAAAUCGGCUGUUUUGUGCCAUGUGACUCAGCAGAAGUGUCCAUUGUGGACUGUAUCUUGGCUCGAGUUGGAGCAGGGGAUUGUCAGCUGAAAGGUGUGUCUACGUUCAUGGCAGAAAUGCUAGAGACGGCUUCUAUUCUCAGGUCUGCAACCAAAGAUUCCCUGAUAAUCAUCGAUGAGCUGGGAAGAGGAACUUCUACCUAUGAUGGAUUUGGGUUAGCAUGGGCUAUUUCGGAGUAUAUUGCCACUAAGAUAGGUGCCUUCUGUAUGUUUGCUACUCAUUUUCAUGAACUGACAGCAUUGGCUGACCAGUUGCCAACAGUGAAUAAUCUGCACGUUUCAGCAUUAACUACUGAUGAGACGUUAACUAUGCUAUAUCAAGUGAAGAAAGGUGUCUGUGAUCAGAGUUUUGGGAUUCAUGUUGCAGAGCUUGCUAAUUUUCCUAAGCAUGUGAUAGAGAAUGCCAAACAGAAGGCUCUGGAACUAGAGGAAUUCCAGCAUUUUGGGAAGCCUCAAGAAUCUGAUGAAACAGAACCAGCAGCCAAGAGAUGCUACGGCGAGAGAGAGCAAGGUGAAAAAAUAAUUGAGACAUUUCUGGCCAAGGUAAAGGAAUUGCCUUUUGCAGGAAUGUCUGAGGAAGGCAUCAGAAUCAAAUUAAAACAACUGAAGGCUGAAGUGGUAUCACAAAAUAACAGUUUUGUGAAUGAAAUAAUCUCACGGUUAAAAGUUACUCCAUGAAAAAUUCCAUAGUGGAAUGAACAAGAUUUGUAGAUUUUUUUUUAAUUGUAGAAAGUCCCCACUGUCUAUGUUAAUGCUUUUGUAAGGUUUUGUACUUUUCCUUUGGUGUUUAGAAAUGGAUGCACACAGAUUACUGAAUAAAACUUUAGUAUUAUGUUUCUUUAAA